CUAAUUACGAAAUGUUUGCAGGCGAUGGAACAAUGCAGAAGAUACGAGGGUCUCGUAUCACAGUGUCGCAACGUCAACGGCACCUCAGACCUGGCCCAUCUGGCGAGAUCGUGGCCCGCGCCGCAGGGAAGAGCGCCCAUAAUGAAGCGACUCUUCGUUCCACCGCAACCGCCGCCACCACCGGAGACCGAAGAGGAUGGUCCUUCGAUGCCAAUAAACGAAAAUAUUCCGCCUCCGUUGAAGGAUGAGCUGGUUAUAGAUCGUCUAUCAGCUGUACAGGUGAAGCCAUCCCAUGAUGCUCUGAGGAAACAGGCGAUCGAGCUGGAUGCCCAGAUCAGACAGAUUCAGGACGCCCUCGAUACGACGGUACGCCUUCAGCAGAGAUCUCUCGAAGCCAGUCUUUUCAAUAAGGCCAAUGAAAUUCAAGAGGACAUCUCCAUGAAGAGGUUCGACUUGAGGGUGGCGCAGAUACACCUGAGUGCCAUCAAUUCGCAGAAAGAAUUAUUUUCUAACAAAUUGGAUAAUUCGGGCGAUUCGGGACGCGAAAGAAAAAUGUCAAAUGCGUCCCAAGGCAGCAUGAAGACAAAGUGGCUGAAGGCCUUCAAGAGCUUGAAGACGCCACCACCAGAAACCGAAAAAAAAAACCAAAUGUACCAUGCGGUAUCCACGAUCAUACAGAUGAGGAAAAACGGAUCCGCGGCGACCAGAGAGCUGCUGAAGGGCGAUCCGGACGCCCACAACUUCCAGGAGUACACCUAUAAGAAGAUAACCCCGUGCGACAUCUGCUCGCAAGUACUCAGAGGGCACACCAGGCAAGGCCUGAAAUGUCGCAUCUGUAAGAUGAACGUACACGUGGACUGCCAGGAGAAGGCCUCCAAGUGUCAGGCCAAAGCAAGACUUCUCAGACGUCAGAAAUCCACGUCCGAAAUAGAGACGCGAAUUCCGGACAGCACCGUUGAGGAUGAAAGUAUAGGGAUUGAUGAGAGGUACUCUGGUAUGCCUACGAUGAACCGGCAGUUGUCGGUGCGGGAGGUUGCCAGGACAACGCAUUUGUCACCGCCGCAACCGCCUCAUGUUGCUGUUGCCAAUGCCAUAGAGAGUCCGGAAGUGGAUCUGAUAUACCAGGUAUUAAAGCAGGCGGGCGAGAUAUCGAACAGCAAAGGGCGCAUCGAGACGCCUACCGUCGGCAUAACGCUUGAUCGCGGCGCGACGCCUUCCGGUUCCGGUCAGAGCCUGAACCGGAGGCCGCUCGCAGGUCCUGCCCAGCCGCCCCGUCCGCAGGGUUCCAACCUCUGCGUCGUUAAUCCUGCUCCCUGCUCAACCAGCUCAGGGUCUCGCAUGAGGAAUUCGUCAAGUGCUGUCAAUUUUAAUACCCACUUUGGGGCCAACAACGUCGCCCCUCACUCGCCCAGACGCCAGAAGCUCAACCUGAGGAUGAAAAGCUUGUCGCUUGACUCUCCGGAGAGCACGGAGCAUGUCCAGAGGAGGAAACACCACGGGGCCGCAGCCACAAGCGAUCCCCAUUCCAAUCAAAGCUCUUCAUCCAGAAUCCAAUUUUCGGUUCCCGUAAGGCCUAUUCACAGCAACUUGGUAGCACGAAGCUCCCACAAAGCUAACUCAACUCCAUCGAGCCCCGUGCAUAACAGGCGGCUUUUGUCGGCUAAAAAUAUAAGAAUGUCUUCAGUGGAACUUCCUGAUGACAACGAAAAGAGCCCAUCGUCGGCCAGCACUUCGCCCUGUCCGAGUCCAGUCGGUGGAAAAAAGCCGCAUCGUCUCUUACCAACCAACCUGUAUGUGGUGUUGUACAACUUUAAGUCUCGCCAUCAGGAUGAGCUUGAUUUGAAGGCUGGGUACAAGGUCACAGUGAUCGAUACCUCUGAUCCCGAUUGGUGGAAGGGUAAAUGUUUAGGAAGAGUCGGUUACUUUCCAUCAAAGUACUGUUCGAAGCUAUCGCCAGGCGAGAAACCUCUUCAGGUUACUCAUAAUCUACAAGUUUCCGAUGGCGAUAACGGUUUGAUGCUGCUGCGCGACCAAAUUGUCAUCCAGAUUGGUGAAGAAUUAGAUGGGAUGGUGAUGAUUAGGUCAGGGGAUAACCGCCAGGGCGUCUGUCCCGUGAAGUUCUUGCAGGAGGUGUGACACCACUCCGAAGCAGCUUGU